UCUGCGACAACCUUGGCUGAAAUGGCCAGAAAGAGAGAAGCACCUACGGCGGAAGAUGUGGACGAGUCCCCUCGCAAGGGUCUCAAGGCCUCCGCUGAAACAACGGCUGGGGUGCUACCUGCAGAAGUGUUGGAGGAGAUGGGCGAGUUUGAAGAUCAAUGGGAGGACGAUGUAGAAGAUGGUGAAGAUGAAGGGGAAGUAGUUAUUGCGCCAGACAGCGAUGAUGAGGAUGGGAUGGACGUAGAUGCAGAUCAGCAAGAGGACGAAGACGAUGAAAAGCGGGAAGAUUUCAAAGUGUAUCUUCCAGGGCAAGAGCUUGGAGAAGGGGAGGAGUUAGUAGCAGAUAACAGCACCUACGAAAUGCUGCACUCCAUGGGAGUUGAAUGGCCUUGCCUCAGUUUUGACAUCUUACGUGACAACCUGGGCACGGGGAGAACAACAUUUCCUGCGACCAUGUAUGUCGUUGCCGGGUCACAAGCGGACCGUCCAAAAGACAAUAAAUUGUAUGUUAUGAAGAUGUCUCAGCUUCAUCGGACAAAGCACGAUGAUGAAGAUGGCAUGGCAGACGACGAUGACGACGAUCUCGAUGAGGAUCCCAUUUUGGAAAGUAAGACAGUUUCUCAUGUUGGUGGCGUAAAUAGGCUACGGGUUAUGCCCCAUCCAGAAUCGCACAUUGUUGCCACUUGGGCAGACACAGGCAAAGUGCACAUUCAUGACCUUACUGAGCACGUUCGAGCACUCGAUACCCCUGGGGUGAUUCCACCAAAAAACCCGGCGCCCAUCUACACGGUGGGGCAACAUGGCAAAACUGAGGGCUACGGUUUGGAUUGGUCCAGUGUUCAAAUUGGUCGUCUGCUGUCUGGUGACACCGCAGGCCGGAUAUAUCUUACCAUUCGCACGCCAUCAGCGUUUGAAACUGAUGCGCAAAGCUACCUGGGCCAUAUAGGAUCUGUGGAAGACAUUCAGUGGUCGAAGAAGCAAGCGGGAGUCUUUGCGUCAGCGUCUGUGGAUCAAACCAUCAAGAUAUGGGACGCGCGGAACAAGGGAAAAGCGGAAUUGAGCGUACAUGCCCACGACAGCGACGUCAACGUGAUCAGCUGGCAUCCAACCGUCGAGUAUCUCAUCGCAUCUGGCUCGGACUCUGGUGUCUUCAGCAUCUGGGAUCUCCGUAUGUGGUCUGCCGCAAGCAAUCCACAACCUGCAGCCACGUUCAAAUGGCAUCAGGGACCUGUGACUUCGAUUGAGUGGAAACCCCACGAAAGUUCUGUCGUGGCUGUCGCGGGUGCGGACGAUCAAUUGACAAUUUGGGAUUUCGCUCUGGAGCGGGACGCUGAGGAGGAAACGACGAUGACCACUGGGGUGGAUGGGUCACAGGUUGAAGUACCGCCACAGUUGCUCUUCAUCCAUCAAGGCCAAAAACACAUCAAAGAGGUUCAUUGGCAUGGGCAGGUACCGGGGGUGUUGGUCAGUACGGCGUUUGAUGGAUUUAACAUCUUCAAGACUAUCAAUUCAUGACGACGUACUGGACCACACAUGUUUAUAGAAAAGUUGCUUUAUUUUGUAUAUUUUUUGGCGUUAGUACUUUACAGAAUAUUUAUUGCAUGCAUACAUUUCUUGUCGAGUCAGACAAAUCACA